AUGGCUGUUAAAGGCGUCUUUUCAUACUGGUGGUUUCCUGUCCUGUCGGGUCUAGUAUGGCUGGGCAUGCUUCUGGGUCUCCUGCUCGAAUGGCGAGUUAACCAGAACGGUCGUCGAUAUCCUACUCAGUCUCGCUAUUCCGAUGUCGCAUACAUUUCCAACGUCGGCGCUGACCGCCUGUGGCCGCUCUUCAUCACUGGAUGCGUUCUCACCUCUAUCUUCCUCGACGCUGCUUUCCUCUCGGAACGAUGGCUGCGACACCGCGGUCGCCUCGUGCCCAACAGGACCCUCAUGGAAAAGAUCCUGACUUGGCUCUCAAUUUUCUUUGCUGCGGUUGGCACUGUCGGACUUAUCUGCUUGUCCAUUUUCCGAACUGGUAGAUAUACCAAGUUGCAUCAUAUGUUUUUGGCUCUCUUUAUUGGAGGCUAUCUAAUCUCUGCUGUCUUUAUCUGCUGGGAGUAUCAGCGUCUUGGAAUCAACUACCGUGAACAUCGCGUCCUUCGCAUCUCCUUCUGGGUCAAACUCACCUUUAUCAUCGUCGAGGUGGCCCUCAUCAUCGCCUUUGCCGUCACCAGCCGCGUUAAGCAGCGAAACGCCGCUGCCAUUCUCGAAUGGGUCAUCUCAUUCAUCUUUACCUUCUACGCCAUCUCCUUCGUUAUUGACUUGUACCCUGCCAUCCGCACAAAGAGCCACCACAAAAGGUACCAGAACAAGUUCGUGCCUUCUGCCAUUGCUGAUUCCAGCAGCCCAAGCAACGAAGGGUCGCGCAGCAACAUCAACGAACGAAACGAUGUUGAGAUGGCCCAAAACGGUCAUCCCCCUAGAGACUUUUAG